AUGCACGUCGGUUCAACUGUGCGUGCGCUCCGGACUCGUGCAAUGGAUGCCGCUGAGGGUGGCGGCACGCACGUCAUUGAACUGGUAAGCGACGACUACUUCCCCUCUGAAAUCGAUGAGAGAGAGACCCAGCAGCAGCUCAGCGGUAGUGGUCCUGGUGAUGGCGGCUCAUCGGCGCAACUGGGUGUGACCGCGACCAGCUGGCGGAACCUCGAGGCGUACAUCUACUCGGACGCCGCGGUAUUGGAUCUGCAGUCGCACGCGUGGAUUCCCAUUCCCAGCGCAGAAGCGCGGAGGCGCCGCUGGCGCCUCGUGAACUGCAUGCACGAACAGAGCCCACCCAUCACCAUCACCAUCACGGAUCUUUCGUCGUCGGUGAAGCCAGGCACAGCACCUUUCCCCGUGGCGCCUCAGGAGGCCACUGCCGACCACCAGACGGCAAAGGCCCCGCCACACGCCGCCGCGGCCCCGCCCCCUUCGGCUUCCUCCACCCCCUUGCCGUCUUCAUCGCCCACUGCCAGCACGAGCAUACUUGCAACGACCACCUCGCAACACAGCGCCGCUUCCCCGCACGUGGCACGUGAGAGCGAAAACGUCACGGUGGGCGGGAGCUCGCAAGACGUGUGUCUGCUUGGAGAUGGAACGGUAAAGGCCGAAGAUUGGCAUCCGCCGAUGAUGGCGUCAGACUCAGCGGGCGCUCGAAACACAACGAAGUGGCGGCUGGCCAACGCGCCGUACUUAGCUCGCGGCUUCACACUUGACGUGUUUCCGCUCGAGUGUCGACAACUGCUCGAGGACUUUCCCACGGGUGCGCAGACAGAGAGCUGGAGCAUGUUUGUUGUAGCGGCCACACUCAGUUUUUAUCAACGGCAAGUGCCCGCGUGGGCGGCCACGUGGUGGACGUGGAGUGCCAAGCUGGCUGGCAGCGGCGGCAGCCUGUCCAGUCGGUGGCUGACGGCACCAAGUACAGCUGCUCCCGUGCAUGGAAGCGUUUUGGGUAUGGCAGGGAGCGUCAGCAGCGCUGCUGUAGACACUACCACUGCCGACGCCGCUGCUUCAGCGGUGCUUGCACCACUAGCGGGCAUGGUGUAUGUGGUGCGCAUUCUGCUCCUCUGCGUACUGUACGCUCUAUGCAGCCUGUUACGCACUGGGCAACUUGCGUGCGCCCUGCUUUUACGGUUUGAGACGUCGUCCACUCUUCCAGCGAAGGACUCCAUCAUGUGGACCCUUGCCACGAACAAGCUGUGGCGACUGCAGGUGGAGUCGAUGCUCGCUAGCACCGCCUUUAUCCUGCUUGUUUUGUGCGUGCUGGUACUCAUGCGCUACCGCACGUACACGCAGGCGUUGGAGUCGUGGGAGACGGAGAUGGCGCGCUACACUGCGGAAGAGGCGGCGAAGUGGGCGGCACAAAUGGAUGUCCGGCAGCGAGGAGUGCGCACCCCAACGUCCGCGGCCGUCUACGCAGGAGAGCCACUCCACGACAGCGCGAGCAGCGGCAGCGGUGAUAGUAUCUUCCAGGCACCCAUGAAGGCGUCCUCGACGCCUCUGAGUGGCCAAGGGAACUUUCGAGAGGAAUCGCUGGAGAAGACUCUGCGAGGGGCGUCGGGCAGCGCCGCCAAACGCCAGGAUCAGCCUUUUUAG